AUGACCUCCUUACCCCACCAGGAUGCUCUAUAUGAGGAAAUCGACUACAAGCUGAACCGGCAGGGACAGUACAGCCAGUACAGAAAAGGGAGUCUGUCUGGGGAUGUUCUGGACUAUGAUGAUGUGAAGGAAGAUGGAGAGACCUCAGUUCCAGAGGGUCUGACGGAGGGUGAUCUGGGCUAUGAUGAUGUGAAGGAGGACAAAGAGACCUUAUUACCAGGGGGUCUGGCUGAGGGUGAUCUGGUCUAUGAUGAUGUCCAAGAGGAAGAUGAGACCUCAGUACCAGAGUUCAAGCAGCUGAGGCUGGUGAGCGAGCAGUUUGAGUGCGCAGGGAGAGCUGAGGUCUUCUACAACGGCACCUGGGGGAGCAUCUGUCAAAACCGCAUGGACCCUCACACAGCUUCACUGAUAUGUCGCCAGCUGAACUGUGGGGAUUUUGAUAAAUUUUAUACCCCUGACGAUGGGUCAGGUAAAAGAGAUAAACCAGCCGUCACCAGCCCAAGGCCUUGUACUGAAGACCCAGAUCAGCCCCACUGUCCAGAGACAGACAGGCUGCGGCUCAUGGGAGGGGUCAGUAACUGCUCUGGCCGGGUGGAGGUGCUGUACGGGGGCUCCUGGGGGACGGUGUGCGAUGACUCCUGGGACCUGCGGGACGCCCAGGUGGUGUGCAGGCAGCUGGGCUGUGGGGAGGCAGUGAGCGCUGGGACAGAGGCCUCCUGGGGGGAGGGGAACGGGACGGUGUGGCUGGACGAGGUGACCUGCAGGGGCAGCGAACUCCACCUGUGGGACUGUGAGCACGCCGCACUGGGGCAGAGCGACUGCCGCCACAAAGAGGAUGCAGGAGUGUCCUGUGCCAAGCCAGAGAGGAUAAAACUGUCCGGGGGUCCCAGCGCCUGCUCUGGCCGGGUGGAGGUGCUGUACGGGGGCUCCUGGGGGACGGUGUGCGAUGACUCCUGGGACCUGCGGGACGCCCAGGUGGUGUGCAGGCAGCUGGGCUGUGGGGAGGCAGUGAGCGCUGGGACAGAGGCCUCCUGGGGGGAGGGGAACGGGACGGUGUGGCUGGACGAGGUGACCUGCAGGGGCAGCGAACUCCACCUGUGGGACUGUGAGCACGCCGCACUGGGGCAGAGCGACUGCCAGCACAGGAGGAGAGCAGGGGUUCGCUGUGCUGAUCCUCCAAAGCCCAGACCAGCCCCUCAGGCUCCAGGAGGCCAGUCCUCUCUGUGGACAGUCUGCAUCGUCCUGGGAGCUCUGCUGUUCGUGGCUGCUGCCCUGGCCUGUGGGCAGAGACAGAGGAACAGAGCCCUUCAGAAAGAGAUUGCUCAAAGAGAAAUUACCUCCUUACCCUACCAGGAUGCUCUGUAUGAGGAAAUCGACUACAAGCUCUACCAGCAGGGACAGUAUAGACAGCUCAGAAAAGGGAGUGAUCUCUCUGGAGGGCUGGACUAUGAUGAUGUGGCAGAUGAGGACAGUAAAACUCCAGGAGGUCUGACUGAGGGUGAUCUGGACUGUGAUGAUGUCCAAGAGGACAACAGGACCUCAGAACCAGGGAAAGUCCUGUCUGGAAGAGUCUCCCCAGAACCUUCACUCCUGGGUGACAAUGAAUACGAUGAGCCCUAUGAGCAGAGCAAGUGACCCCCUGAGCCACAGCAACUCUCCAGACACAGCAGACCUGCAGCAGACAGCAUGACCAAUGGACAGGGCUGAGGAGAGACAGGACAGGACUGUGGAGAUAUGGAUGCCUAGUGGUUACUCAGCUUUUUCAAGAAUGUUCAAUGGAAAUUCAUCCUUUCCAGUUUCAA